GGCCGGGCCGGCGGGAUGGGGUGCACCGUGAGCGCCGAGGACAAGGCGGCGGCCGAGCGCUCGAAGAUGAUCGACAAGAACCUGCGGGAGGACGGCGAGAAGGCGGCGCGGGAGGUGAAGCUGCUGCUCCUCGGUGCUGGAGAGUCCGGGAAGAGCACAAUUGUAAAACAAAUGAAGAUCAUUCACGAGGACGGUUACUCAGAGGAGGAGUGCCGGCAGUACAAGGCUGUGGUCUACAGCAACACCAUCCAGUCCAUCAUGGCCAUUAUCAAAGCUAUGGGCAACCUGCAGAUCGACUUCGGAGAUCCUUCUAGAGCGGAUGAUGCCCGCCAGCUGUUUGCCCUGUCCUGUACUGCAGAAGAGCAGGGAAUCAUGCCGGACGACCUGGCCAGUGUGAUCCGGAGGCUGUGGUCAGAUGAUGGUGUGCAGGCCUGUUUUGGCCGCUCCCGGGAGUACCAGCUCAAUGACUCAGCUGCCUACUAUCUAAAUGACCUGGAAAGGAUAUCUCGGUCAGACUACAUCCCCACCCAGCAGGAUGUGCUGAGAACCCGAGUGAAGACCACUGGCAUUGUGGAGACUCAUUUCACCUUCAAGGAUCUGCACUUCAAGAUGUUUGAUGUGGGCGGGCAGAGAUCUGAGCGAAAGAAGUGGAUUCACUGUUUUGAGGGCGUGACGGCCAUCAUCUUCUGUGUGGCCCUGAGCGCCUAUGACCUGGUCCUGGCUGAAGAUGAGGAGAUGAAUCGAAUGCACGAGAGCAUGAAGCUUUUUGAUAGCAUUUGUAACAACAAGUGGUUCACAGACACCUCCAUCAUCCUUUUCCUCAAUAAGAAGGACCUGUUUGAAGAGAAGAUCACUCACAGCCCCCUCACCAUCUGCUUUCCUGAGUAUUCAGGGGCAAACAAGUAUGAUGAGGCUGCCAGUUACAUCCAGAGCAAAUUCGAGGACCUGAACAAGAGGAAGGACACCAAGGAAAUCUACACGCACUUCACAUGCGCCACCGACACCAAGAACGUGCAGUUCGUGUUUGACGCCGUCACCGACGUCAUCAUCAAAAACAACCUGAAGGACUGCGGCCUCUUCUGAGCAGCAGGACCGCUCAAGCUGCUCAGUCUCUGAGCAGGAGGAAGAUGCAGACAGGACCAAGGAAGGAAGGAUGCACCAUCAUAGCGACUUCAACUUCUCUCCCCAGUCUCCUCCCUUCUCCCUCUGUUUCCAUGUUUUGGUUUCUCCCCCACCUAACAAAGAGACUUUGAUGAAGAGUGGAAGGCAAGAGGCCCCUGAGGUUUGGAUCUGAGCCUGCCCGGCCCAGCCCAGCAGCUGUGAGGAACCUCCUGCCUCCCUAACCCUGCCCCCUCCCCAGCCCUCCCACUGCAGCAGUCCCUUCAUCAGCUCCACCCUGGGCUGCAUCCUGGUUUCUCUUCUAUUUUAUUCUGUGUUGGGGGGCGGGGGGUGUCGGUCUUUCUGAAACUUGGGUUUGUGGUAAAGGAAACCCUGUAUUUCUCUGGCCAAUACUGUUGGCACCUCUGCCUUGCCAGGAUCCCCCCCCCCAGCCCAUCCCCUGGCCCAUGUUUACGGCCCCCUGGGCCCUGCAUUCGCAGGAAGUCCCUCGACAGCUGUGCCCCUUCCCUCCCAGGCUGGCCCAGCCCCCUCAGGGCCACGGGGAGCCCUUCCAGGAUAAAGCACAAAGCCACCCUGAACAGGAGGUGACACCGAUGACAACAUUCCUUAGCCCAGAAGUCCCAAAGCUCCUUUCUGUUUUUCUUGGGCCUUUUGUGUGUGUGUUUUUUUUAAAUAUAAAACAAAACUUUAGGGACCUUUUUAGAGAAGACUAUUUAAAACUGUCCUGUACUAAAUGGCUGAGUCGUCCUGAUCUGUGCUGGAUCACCUCCUCCAGGGGAGCCCGUGCCUUGGCUGUCUGUCUGUUUACAUCUGUCUAUCUCAUUGCUUGCUCUGGCCCUGGGGGCCGUUGGGGAGGGCUUCGCCUGUGUUCCGUACCCACCGAUGAUGGGACGGCAGCCUCUCCAGCCACCCAAAGCCUCAUCUCCCUCCCCCUCUUCCUUUUCUUCUCCAUUCCAGUUCCACCCCCCAUCCCCCCAACAAAGGUUUCCAAAGGGCUAAGUCUUGAGUCAACUGCCAACGUCACCAGGGGCUUCUCCUCAUCUCCCACUCCCACCAGCCCUGCCUCCGUCCCUCUUCGGCAGCUCUCCCGAUAGCUCUAUUAACUGUAGCUCCUUAGCUCUAACGAUAGGAAGGGCCACUGCCAUGAGGGCUCCCAUCUUCAUCCCUCAUCCCAACCCCCUGAACCCUGCCCCAGGCCCCAGAGUCAACAGCAUCGGAUGCCUCCUCGCUUUUUUCACACGUUUUAUCAAAUUGUUCACCUGGUUUGAAAUAAUAAAAUGUAGAAAGAAAAAAUCCCA